CAGAACGAAGAACGGCAUCCUCAACAUGACCGCUCCCGAGAGCCCACUGCAGAUCUUGACCAACCUGCUGACCAAGGAAGCGCCGAGCCUCAUCAGGAACAAACGGCGCUAUGGGGCGUCCCAGAUCAGCUAGCAAAGAUAUUGGAAGCAGCAAGGGGGGCUACAAACAAUGUCAAGAGCCAUGCCAGCACUAACGCCCAACGUAACUACGGAGGAGGAGCAGAGAAGCAUGUACGAACAAGCUAGACAAGUCUUUGCACGGAUGCCUCACCUGCCCAAUCACGAUGCUGCAGCUCAUGCUUUAGACCGAUAUUCAAGCCGCUCGACGGAGAAUGGCGCCGGCGUCGACAGUGCAUCGGGAGAGGCGCAGGGCGAAGGUGCGGAUCCUACGCACACCACUAGUAUGAUCCUUGCCGAACACCAAGGCGGUCAGAGUAGCCAAUCCAUGCGGCAUCCCUCUUCUAAUGAUCGUCAACAGCAGUACUUACCUCAUCACCACAAGGUAGCUACUGCAGCUGCGAUCACAGCCAUGGAUGAUCUGUCAGCUCAUGGGCACGAUGGUGACGUUGCGGCACUCUCAGAGCGCACCCGAGGGUACGGAUCUCCUGAGCGCCGGUCUAUCCGAAGCCACACGGAUGAGCUUGGAGACGAGGACAACGCGCAUGCCUCCGGAUCGUCGGGAAGAGCCAGGUCAAGAAAGGGAAAGGCCGCAGCGGUCGGUGGCCCAGAAACGCCGGAGACGGAGCGGCAGAGGAAGGAUCUGCACAAGGAGGUUGAGCGUAAGCGUCGUGCUGGCAUCAAUUCAGCGAUCGGCGAGUUGCAGUCUCUUGUCCCCGAUUGUAAUGACAAGGGAGUCAACAAAGGUGACAUCAUCCUCCGUGCUGCCGCUUACAUCCGUGAGCUCAAGAACAGCGAAGCCUCCAACAUCGAGAAGUGGACCUUGGAGAAGCUCCUCAUGGAUCAAGCACUACACGAUGGUCAGGUUCAGCUCGAGGCUACCAGGGCAGAAGUGGAGAGACUCAGGGAAGCUCUGGGAAAAGAGGCAGAAAGCAUUCCCGGAACAGAGGAAAUUGUUCGUGACUGGGGAUCGCAUAAUCAUCACUCAAGUACUGCGGAGCAGCAUCAGUCACAACGGGACGCAGGACAGAGUCCUGAGGUAGAGCACGAGGAGCAACAAGCGCCCCCUGUCACCCUUAAAGCCCAUGGUGAUGGCGGCAACGCGUCCUCCUCCACAUCGGACACCAUCACUACUGCAGCGAUUGCACCUCGAGAGGGGAACUCUUCUGCAGAAGACGAGGCCGUGAGGACAGCUAUGAUCGACAACGUUGACGCCGUCCGCUUGGCAGCAGCUGUUGCUACUGUUGGGCCAAUGGGUGGUGGUACUGGAAUCGCCCAGACCCACUUACCCUCCGCAACUGACGAAGAGCCCUUGCGCACGCAGGUUUCUCCGCUGAUAGGAGAACGAGAGCGUGUUUCUUCUGGUAGCGAAGAGGGAAACAUUUUUGAAGAGAGCGAGUCGAAUGCGCUGGAGCAUACCCUUGGGCAGUUGACCGGCAAAAGAGAUCAUGAUGACGAGAGUGUGGGACAGAACGCGAAGGUGCAAAAAUUGACACAUCUGCGAGACGGGGAGGAGACCAAGCCAGGUGCCUGACGUCGUUGUCACUGAAAGCCUAUCCGACACGACCGUCCCGACUCGUUGUAUAAUAGAAGCAAACGAUUCAGCCAUGUCCGUCUCUUCUGGCGACCAGCCUUGUCAAUGGAAUCCAUUUCGUCCGGGUGGAGGUGUGACAGUCAGCGCAAUCGAUUCUUUCGGAAAAAGAAUGUAUGAAGAUAGCUCGGCAAAAGGGUGAUGAUGUACAUGAAUUGUCGAUGAAUUGUAGAGCAGAGCGAGGAAGGUCAAGGCGGCAACCGGAUCGACCGUCUGGAGAGUUGGUGUCGUCUGUCGUCAAUGCCUGAUGCUGAACAGUAGCCCGAGGUGACCUCUCUACUCCUCUUCUUCGUCGUCACCACCGUCACCG